GCUCUCCUGUUCCCUCUCCCAUAGAUGUCCAGCUCCCCGCUGUCCAAGAAGCGCCGCAUCUCUGGGUCUGAGGCACCGACGGGCUCCAGCCGUGCCCCUGUCCCCAGCGUGUCCCCCAGCGCCACCCCCACCAACGGCAUGGCGAAGAACGGGGGCGAAGCCGAGAUCGAUGAGGGGCUCUACUCCCGCCAGCUGUACGUGCUGGGCCACGAGGCCAUGAAGCGGAUGCAGACGUCCAACGUCCUGGUGUCGGGGCUCCGGGGGCUGGGGGUGGAAGUGGCCAAAAACCUGGUGCUGGGGGGGGUCAAAUCCGUCACCCUCCACGACCCCCACCCUGCUGCAUGGCCUGACCUGGCCUCCCAGUUCUACCUGCGGGAGGAGGACGUGGGGCAGAACCGGGCGGAGGCGACGCUGCCGCGCUUGGCCGAGCUCAACUCCUACGUGGCCGUGAGCAGCAGCCAGGAGCCGCUGAGCCAGGAGCUGCUCGCGCCCUUCCAGGUCGUGGUUUUGACCAACUCAUCCCUGGAGGAGCAGCUGUGGGUCGGGGACUUCUGCCACAGCCACGGCAUCAAACUGGUGGUGGCCGAUACCCGCGGGCUCUUCGGCCAGCUCUUCUGUGACUUUGGGGACGACAUGGUGGUGACCGACACCAACGGCGAGCAGCCCCUCAGCGCCAUGGUUUCCAUGGUAACCAAGGGCUGCCCAGGGGAGGUGACGUGUCUGGAUGAGGCCCGGCACGGCUUCGAGACCGGCGACUUCGUCACCUUCACCGAGGUGGAAGGGAUGGAGCAGCUCAACUCCUGCGGCCCCAUGGAGAUCCGCGUCCUCGGGCCCUACACCUUCAGCAUCGGGGACACGAGCGACUUUGGGGACUACGUGCGGGGGGGCAUCGUCACCCAGGUCAAGAUGCCCAAGCACAUCCGCUUCAAGCGGCUGCGGGAGUCGCUGGCGGCCCCGGAGCUGAUGGUCACCGACUUCGGGAAGGCCGAGCGGCCCCCGAUGCUGCACUGGGGCUGGCAGGGCCUGCACCGGUUCAUGGCCCAGCACGGGCACGCGCCGAGGGCACGGCACCAGGGCGACGCGGCCGAGAUGGUGGCCUUGACCCGGGCCCUGGCCCCGGGGGUGGACCUGGAUGAGAAGCUCCUGCAGGAAUUGGCUUUCCAAGCCACCGGAGACCUGGCCCCCGUCAACGCCUUCAUCGGGGGCUUGGCAGCCCAGGAGGUCAUGAAGGCCGUGUCCGGGAAGUUCACCCCCAUCACCCAAUGGCUCUACUUUGACGCCUUGGAAUGUCUUCCUGAGGAGAACAAAGAGACGAUUCUGACCGAGGAGCAGUGUCGCCCGCGCAACAGCCGCUACGACGGACAGAUCGCCGUCUUCGGGGCCGACCUGCAGGCCAAGCUGGGAGCCCAGAAGUACUUUGUGGUGGGUGCGGGCGCCAUCGGUUGUGAGCUGCUGAAGAACUUUGCCAUGAUGGGGCUGGGCUGCGGGCCCGAGGGCUCCAUCACCGUCACCGACAUGGACACCAUCGAGAAGUCCAACCUCAACCGCCAGUUCCUCUUCCGGCCUUGGGAUGUCACGAAGCUGAAGUCGGAGCGGGCGGCGGCGGCCGUGCGGGCCAUGAACCCUUCGCUGCGCAUCACGAGCCGCCCCGAGCGCGUCGGCCCCGAGACCGAGCGCGUCUACGACGACGACUUCUUCGAGGCCCUCGACGGCGUCGCCAACGCCCUCGACAACGUUGAUGCCCGGCUCUACAUGGACCGGCGGUGCGUGUACUACCGGAAGCCGCUGCUGGAGUCGGGCACGUUGGGCACGAAGGGGAACGUGCAGGUGGUGAUCCCGUUCCUGAGCGAGUCGUACAGCUCGAGCCAGGACCCCCCCGAGAAGGCCAUCCCCAUCUGCACCCUCAAGAACUUCCCCAACGCCAUCGAGCACACGCUGCAG